AUGCAUUGUAUUCAAUAUGAUGAAUUUGUUUGUGUUGAGAUGAUUUAUCACGAAAUUUGUUCAUCAGAUUUUCGAAGUCAACAAUGGUUUAAUUAUUUGUACGAUGAUGAUCAAAUCAAUGAACGAAAUUUUCGUUCAACAGCAUCAACACAAUUUCAAUCACUUGGAUCUUUAUGUAAAUUAACUAGAGAAACAAUCGAUACAAGUUUAACCCAAUUUUAUGCAACUAAAUUAAUCACUUCUCAAUUAUUAUCGAAUGAAAUAUUUCAAAAUCGAAUUCAUUCAUUAAUAACUCUUCAAAAAACAACUUCUCAAUCAUUUAAAAGAACAUUAAAUAUAAUUGAAGAAAUUCUACAUGGAAAUUCCUAUAUGUCUGUUUAUCAAACCAAUUGGAAAUUUACUAUUUUAGAAAGAGAAAAUUUUUCUCCAAUAUAUACAAAUCCAAUGAAAUAUCAAUCAUGUAGUUGUGGUACAUCAUCAUUGUGUUGUGAACCAGUUAUAAUUGAUAAUUCAAUAAUUGAUGGUUUGUUUAUUGGUUGUUAUCCAAUGAAAACUAUUUUACAAUCAUCACUUCAAUGUUUUUAUAAUGAAACAUGUUUACAAAUCAUUUUAUCAUAUUUUCAAAAAUCUUCUUCAAAUAAUAUUUCAUUUCAAAUACUUUCAUCAAAUAAUUCAUAUGGCACUGAUGAAAAAGUUGAACAAAUGGUUGAUCGAUUAUUUGUCGAUCAAUGGAAUAUUAAUCGUUCUUAUGAAAAUUAUUAUGAAAAAUGUCAUCCAACAUUUUGUACAUAUUCUUAUAUUGAAUAUUUUAAUAUAUUUUAUAUUGUGACAACUAUUUUAACUAUGUUCUAUGAUGACCCUCAGAAAAUCCAUGUUUCGGAUCCGAGACCGUCAGAAUCCAAUGCGAUUCCGUCACCAGGAUUUCAUCGGAUCCGUCGAAUUCCUGUGGGAUCUGAUAAAAUCCUAUAUUGGAUCCGAGUAUGGGAUUGUUCGACCUGGAUAUAA